CAGCAUCUGAAUAGAUUUUUAACUUUCAUCUCGUGGAUAUGAGAUCAAUAUAUUUUUUUCUUGUUAUUAGUUUCUGUGUGGAUAGCGGACUGCAGGCCAAUUUGUUGGUCGACAUACUUGGUAGAGGUAUUAAUUUUGCUUAUAAUGCUGGAUCAACUCCCUUACAAUUUGCCUUAAAUUUACUUCAAGAUCAUUGCAUAAAGUUCGCACAAACUUUCAGUGUGCCACAGAUAAGAUCUGCGGAUAUAACAAACUUAAGAUUUCAAUAUAUGACAGCAUGUUGCACUUAUACGGUGCCUGUAGCACUUGCAGAAACUCUCUGGGAUAACCCAAGAUUUGGGAAGAAUCGAAAAAUAGUUGUUUUCGCUUCUGGAUGGCAAACAACUUUAAAUAGUUCAGAUGGAAUAAGCGAGUUACAAAAGGCUUUCAUGUGGCGCCCCGAAGUUAAUUUCUUGGUUGUAGAUACUUUUGACUAUCUAACUACGCUCUACAUGUGGUCUGCGCAAAAUACCAAUUUUAUUGGAAAGUCCCUUAGCCUCGGCUUACAGAAAUUGGCAAAUGUUCGUCCAGGAGUCAAUAUUCAUCUAAUAGGUCAUUCAUUGGGUACGCAUUUAAUGGGAUUUGCUGGGCGAAAAUAUUUCGAAUUAACAGGACGAUUGGUUGAUCGCAUAACUGGUCUGGAUCCGGCCAAGCCUUGUUUCAUAGGUAGAACCAGUUAUCAGGGCUUAACAAGUAAUGAUGCACGGCUAGUAGAUGUUAUACACACUAAUCCCGGCAUUCUGGGGCAGCUAUCACCAGUUGGUCAUGUUGACUUCUAUCCAGGCGGAGAAGAUCCCAUUCAAAACGGUUGCUCAUUCAUCGUAUGCUCACACUAUCGGGCAGUUAGCUACUUUGUCGAGAGUGUUUAUCCAGGCCAGGAGUCCAAUUUCUGGGCUACCAAAUGCAACUCAACCAAAAUGCUACGUGCCAAAACCUGUGACUCCUCUGCGACAGUAAUGGGAUAUGCGGUUAAUUGGAAUGCGAGAGGUAUUUACUAUCUGGAAGUGAAUAGUGAUAGUCCAUAUGGCAUGAAUGCGAAAUCAAGUCUACGCGGUUUAUAUAACAACUUCAACUGCCAGGGAGUCAAGUGUUAACUUAAAAUUGUGUUUAAAGACUACAAAAUAAAUAUUGUGAGCCUUAAACAUAAGCUAUAUAU